UCCCCCCUUUUACUUCCCCCCGGUCUAGGACCCUCAGCUCUGGUAGUCUUACUACAGGUACAGUACACCGGCCUUAGGAAAGGCUGUAGAAUUUAAGCGCUGAUGUUGCAGCUGUCGCCGCCUUUCUGCUGGGGGACCUGGCUUAGACUGCUGCUCAGUCGUCUCCGGGGCUCAUCAGAGGUAAUCGGGAGUUUGGCCAGGAUGAGAAUAUCCUAAUGCUGCACCCACACUAUUAGUUUGCCUCCGUUGUAACAGCGACAUCUCAGGCUGUAGAAGAAGUGAGCUCAGUUGGGAGAGCAGGAGCUACCCUCAUUGCGGCCACAUCACUCCCUGUCAGAUACUGCCCAUCUCUAAAGUAAGGAAGCAAAUAUGUCACUUACUCUAAGUAAAAGAGAAAAUGAUAAGGAGAAUGACUUUACAUCAUUUACUCUAAGUAAGGCAGAAAGUGAUGAGGACAAAUUUGAAGAUGCCUAUGAAACUAUCCCUGUGGCAACAACAAUGAAUCUAAUGUCUUCCUUAGAAGAAUGCACAACUGGAUUGUAUUUAUUUCUAAAUAAUAGAUUCUCAAAGGCCAUAGAUCUUAUUCAUCCAUGGUCAAAAAACAGUAUAUACCAUGCUCUAAUUUAUAAUAUCCUUAUGGUUGUUAAGGCCAUCUUGACUUUUGAUCCACUGGAUAUACAGAUUGGAAUGACUACCACAAAGGAAGCUUUGAAAACCUGCAAUGGUUUCCGAAGAAAAUCUAGGAUGACAAGUUUUUCUCAUCUAGUGAGUAAACAGGGAAUAAAGGCUAUCAAAGAAGAGGAAUUGCAUGCAGAAGUCUGCUAUGCUGAGUGCUUGAUUCUGAAAUCCACUGUAACAUUUAUACAAGACGACAGUAUGUUUGCUUUCUUUAAAAGUGCAAUCAACAUCAGGUUAAGUUAUCAAAUAUACAAAGACUGUCAACAAGUAUUAACACAGAUACCUAACAACCAGAGCAAAACCUACAGACAUCUGGUUGGAGGAGUAAAAUUUGGACUUGGAGCAUUCAAUCUGAUAUUAUCACUCGUGCCACCAAAGACCCUUAAACUACUCAAUAUUGUUGGAUAUUCUGGUGAUAGAGACGUGGGCUUGACUUUGCUUUAUGAGAGUGCAUCUGAAUCCCAUAUAAACAAUAUCUUAAGUGUUCUGACUCUACUCUUUUAUUACAGUUAUAUCUAUGUAGCUUUUGGUGUUGAAAAGGGUCACAGUUCUGCUGUAGAGGACCUCUUCCUAAUCUACCUCCAGAAAUUUCCAAACUGUGUCAUACUUAAAUUUUUUCAUGCACGUUUUAGUAUGCUGAAAGGAAGUUUUGAAAAUGCACAGUUAGUAUUAGAGCAAUGCAUUUUUAUUCAAAAUGAAUGGAAGCAGGUUCAUCACCUCUGUUAUUGGGAACUCAUGUGGUGCCAUGUUUUUCUGCGGAAUUGGAAGCAGGCUUACCACUGUGCUGACCUACUGUCUCAUAACAGCAGGUGGUCCAAGGCAAUAUAUGUAUACAGUAAAGCUAUGCUACUCGCCUUGCUUCCUUCUGAGUCUGUCAAAUCAGGGAGUGAGGACCUAAACUCUCUCUUCUUAAAAGUGGAUAGCCUGAGAAUAAAAAUUUUAGGAACUUCUGUGCCAAUAGAAAAGUUUGUUGCUGAGAAGGGCCAGCGCUAUGGCACUACUACAGGCUGGUUUACUGCACAGCCCAUCCUGGAAUUCAUUUACGCCUGGAGUGGUUUCCGAGUCAUGAGUAAAAAACUAGACCUUAUUUCAAGCUGGCUAUCAAUAAUUAAUAGAGGAGAAGACCUUUUACGAGAAAAUCCAAAUAAAGAGUAUGGCACAGAUGACAUAAGUUUGUUAAAUUUACUGAAAGGUCUAUGCCUGAAACAUUUAGGCAGAUAUUCGACAGCUGAGCAUUACUUUAAUCGUGUCAUUCAAAAGGAGAAGUUGUUAAAAUAUGACCACUAUUUGGUGCCAUACACUUAUUACGAACUAGGAAUUCUUCACUACCUAAAAGGAGAUUAUGAGAGUGCAACAAAAAACCUAGACAACAUAAAAAACUACAAAGACUAUUCCAUGGAAGCCCGAUUACAGUUUAGGACUCACGUAGCUCUUGAACAAAUAGCUAAAGAAAAGCGAUGGUUUUGACACAAAAUGUGAUUUUGUUUAUUAUGAGUGAAGUAUCUGCAAUCAGCAAGGUAAUUAGCAGUUAAAAAAUUAUUUCUUUGUUGAAGAAAUCCAAGAAGAGGCAGCUGCUAAGAAUCUGAUCAGGAACAAGAAAGGAAUUGGCCAUUACUUUUCCCUCUUUCCCUCUCCUUACCUAUAAAAUGGAAUGUCUUAGACUGGCAAAUGGAGUGAUGCACAUUUUCUUGAAAAAGAAAAGGCAAAUAAUGUACAGUUGACCCUUGAACAACACAGAGAUUAUGGGUGCUGACCCAUGUGCAGUCAAAAAUCUGUGUAUAACUUUUGACUCCCCAAAAACUUAAUCACUAGUAGCCUACUGUUGACUAGAAGCAUUAUCAAUAACAAAAACUGUCAAUUAACAUAUAUUUUGUGUGUUGC